AAACCUUUCCGGCCCAAUCCAACUGACAGCCGGAGACAGGCCACGCCGUCGUCGGCAUCCUUCCCGCCGUCUUCUCCCCCGCCGCCAUCCGCCCUCGCGUGGCCUUCCCGCUCCUCCGCCAUCUCUCGUGCAUCUACGUCCAUCCGCCCCGAUUCCCUAAGCCUUCACCUCCGCCUGCUCUUCUUUGCCGCCGGCUCCGCCGCGGCAGGUCGGCAGGUCCCCAGCUGUUGCAAUGGAGAACACGGAGGCUGCCAAGAACACGACCACCAGCGCCCCCACCUUCGCCUCCCCUCUCUUUUCCUUCUCCAACCCCGGCAGCUCCUCCUUCGGCUUCGGCUCUGGCGCUCCUCCGCCGCCCCCGCCGCCGGCCGUCGAGGUCCAGCUCUCCGAGGAGUCGCCUGUUGCGUCAGCUAGCUUGGAGCCUGUGGUGGUCGAUGACUCCCUGACAAUCUACAAGGGGAGAGUGAGUACAUCUGAUGUUUUUGGGGUCAAAGACUCUGAUUUGGUCCCAGGAAAAUAUGAAGGUGGGCUGAAGUUGUGGGAAGGUUCGUUAGACUUGGUGAAUACCCUAAAUUCUGAUAUCAAAGAAGGUAGAUUGCUUCUAGAAGGCAAACAUGUAUUAGAGCUUGGAUGUGGACAUGGCCUCCCUGGCAUUUUUGCAGGUCUUAAGGGUGCUGGUCUGAUUCAUUUUCAAGAUUUCAAUGCUGAGGUGCUUAAGUGCCUGACCAUACCAAAUGUAAAAGUCAAUCUUUUCAAGGAGUCACCUGAAGGAACAUGUACAUCUAGGAGUGUUGGUUUCUUUGCUGGCGAUUGGAGUGAAAUGGAUAAGCUGCUUCUUUGUGGGGAUGCUGAGCAAGACAAAACAACCAGUGGUGUUACAGAAGACAAAACAUAUAAUGGUUAUGAUAUCAUCCUGAUGGCUGAGACUGUUUACGCGUUAUCUUCUCUUCCAAAUCUCUACAGGCUUAUCAAGAAGUGCUUGCGCUACCCUGGGGGUGUGGUUUACAUGGCAGGGAAGAAGCAUUACUUUGGAGUGGGUGGUGGCACAAGACCGUUCCUACGCUUGAUUGAAGAAGAUGGCACUAUGCAAACUGAGCGGCUCAAUGAUGUUGCUGAUGGAUCAUCCAAUGUUAGGGAGGUUUGGAAAUUCUCGUUCAAAUAGAUUAGCACUGCCCUUGCGAUUGUAGGAGAAACUGAAAACAUGUAUUGGUCUCCAUGCAUAUUGGUAGAGGGAAUCCUUGGUCUAGGAGUUCCCUGAUUCUGCUAAAUGCUAAUGUACCUUUGACUGUUUCAAAAGUCAAUCUUUUCGUUUGGAAUUUUCUAUAUGAUUAUGAACAGAAGUCACUGCUUCUAA